AUGGUCCAACUACAUAACUUUUUCUUUUUCAUUACUUCCAUGGUCGUGCCUCGUGGCACGGCAGCACCCGUACUAUUGAAAUGGUUCGUCAGUAGAGAUGUUCCCACAGGUGCCCCUUCUUCCAAUGGAACUAUAAUUCCUAUUCCUAUCCCUUCAUUCCCUCUUUUGGUCUAUCUACAUUCCAGGAAAUUCAUACGCUCCAUGGACGGAGCAAAAAGUGGAGUCUUGGUCAGAGCAAGCCACCCUAUUCUAUUACCAGACAUAAUUGGGAGAAGCUCAUCCGAAACUAGAGCUAGAAAGGCCUCAUUUCGUUUCGUUCCCGUUUUUAUGUUCCUUCUUCUCGAAUCCAAGGGGGACUUAUCAUAUUUAGAAUCUUUCUGCGGUGUGCUCCGUUUACUAUUCUUUCGUACUCUCUUCUCUUUACCACGCGAUAGGUCAGCGAAGCGUGAGCGGGCGCGGAGAAGGAAAGGCCAAAGACUUCGGCCUAAGGGAAAUGAGCAACGACGAAAUGACAAAAUGAGGUGCUCCGGGCACUCCCAUUUAGAAAGAAGUGUAGAAGGUUUUGGGCCUGUAGCUUUUCCCGUCCCCCCUUCAUCGGGUGGUGCUUGUGUGGGGGGUGUGCCACCAGAAAUCGGGCUUGAAGCUCUCGCCUUACCAACGAGCCGACAGCUGAUGGCUGUUGGUCACGACUACUACCAAAAAGCUCCAAUGAAGAUGAAUAUUUCACAUGUAGGAGUGUGCAUCUGUAUGUUGGGUGUUCUUCUGUCGAACACAAAGAAGAUAGAGUUCACUCAACGAUUGCCUUUGGGUUCCGAACUCCAUAUGGGGAAGGAGCGUUGUUGUUUGCGAGGUCUCGAUCAUUUACAUGGGCCCACUUCUCAUUCCAUUUGUGGGAAUUUUAUGAUCUAUAAACCGUCCCUAAGGAACGAUCGGCUCAUGUUUGAGCAUGAUGAAUCACUUCGUGCCGACCUGUUGCCAAUAAACUUUGCGGCCUCAUAUGAGAAUGGAAAACUGGAGCAUUUUCUGCAUCGGUGGAUGAAGAAUCGCAAACAUAAGAAUUUCUGGUUGACCAUGUUCCCAGAAAAAAGAUACUUUCGAGAAACGACGAGCACGACUGAAGUGGCUAUACAUACAAAUCCAUUUACGGAUCUAUAUGCUUCGAUUGGAACUGGAAGUUCCAGAACAGGCGGCUGGUAUACCACCAUAAUGAAACUGCCUUUUCUUUUUUUUAUUUGGAUAGGAUUUAUGUUGGCUUCGUCGGGAGGCUCCCGUAGUUUGUUACAUCAGCUCCAAAAGGAUAAGUUGCGUUGGAAUCGAGAAAGUUUCGUGGAGUUCAUAAUUGCAUAA